AUGACCAAAGACUUAGACUUUAUAGAAGUUACUGAAAAAGGAGAUAAAAAAGAGGAAGAGUUUCAAUGUGUAAACAAAAACGAAAACGUGACCGCAGUAGCAACCCCAACACGAAGGUCUCAAAGGAAUGCUUCAAAAAUAAAAAAUGCAACUACCAAUAAAGAUAAUAAUAAUAAUGUGGGAACUACUAAUUCUCAAAAUACAACAUCAAAAACUUCUCAAGAACAAUUACCUCAAAUUCCCCCUACUCCAAAUAUUCGAAGAGGUCCAGGCAGGCCACGAAAAUCCCUAGUUAUAGAAGGAUUAGAACAACAACCUUCUACUAACUUUUCUAACUUGAAUCACAAUAAUGAAAAUCGUGAAAGUGUUGAAGCUUCAACUUUAUCUAACGGUUCAACGUUGAGAAUUAAGUUUGCUAAAGUUGGUCAAGUCGCGUCGUCGUCUUCUCCAUUUAAUGUAACAAAUUUCACAAAUACUCCCGAUUCUUCCUUCUUGAAUAAUAAUAAUAGUAGGGGGUCGGGUUUACCUUUAUCAAAUACUUUCUCUACCCCUUCUCUUAUUAGUGACACUGUAGUAAGUAGUUCUUCCCCUACUAUUAUUCCUCCCCCUGUAAAAAGAGGGCCAGGUCGACCUCGUAAAAAUCCAUUACCUCCUUCAACAAUUCUUCCUUCCUCCUAUUCUGUCAAUAAUAACAACGACACAUCAUCAUCCCCUCGACAGAGGGAAAAGAAAAGGAAAGUUUCUAGAAAUUUGAAAAACGAUUCAUAUUCAAAUGAAUUGGGAAACAAAGGUAAUAAAAAAGAUCAUCAUAAUCCCCGUAAAAAAUCAAAAACUGGUUCAAACAAUGAAGAAUCAUCAGAAUCAUCAUUGCGAAAAACCAAAUUAUCUGGAUCAAUAGAAUCGAAAAAAACACCUUUGGACGAACUUCGAGAUAUGAAAAUAAAAGAGAAAGAAGCCGAACUCGCCAAUGUCGUUGACGAUCAUGACUCCUUAAUUCGUGAAUUAUAUUAUAUGGAAUCCUACAAUUUACUACUUAAUAAUCUCGAUCCGCAGACAAUCAAACAGGAUAAUAGCGAGCGUAUGGUUAAGUAUUUGGCAAGUCACAACUUGUGGUCCACCUUGAACGAACAAGUUGUUAACAGUAUCCAAUUAAAUUCCACACGGAUGUCCACUCGCCAUUCGCUUACCAAACAUCGCGAAUUAAUUGUCAACAUGUUACAAAAAUCUGUCGGUUCACGAGGAUUCAACUUGGUAGAAAAUCAUCAUUCUCAAUUCAAUAGUUUGGAAAGUUAUUUAAAAUCUUUUGUUACCUUAGAUGAAGAAGAUAUGACACCUGUCGAAGAAGAAUUAAGAGUUGAAAAAGCGACCGAACUUCAAUAUCGAAUUUGGGCAUUGAAAAAUGAAGGAAGGUUAAAUGAAAUUACCAAACCAGCUCCCGAACCAUCUCGACCUAAAAUUGAAAGGGAUUAUUUACUUGAAUUAAUGACCCAAAGAGCGAAAUAUAUGAAUAAAUUUACGGAAUCCAAAUAUCGAAUUACUCGACAAAUUCAUAAAGCGGUUUUACAACAUUUUUCGAAAUUGGCGAAUCAAGGUCCUCGAGAAAAAAAAUUGGAAGAGAAACGAAUUAAAAGAUUAGCCAAAACCACCGCAAAUCUUGUUAAACAAAAAUGGAAAUCAAUUGAAUCGAUAAUUUUACAAAAACGGGAUGAGUUACGUAAAGAAGAACAAACCCGGGAAGGUAAACGUCAUUUAAACCUACUUCUAGAACAUUCAACUCAAAUGUUAGAAGUUCAACAAAAUGAACUUCUGGGAGCUCAUUUAACUCGAAAUCAAAAUAAAAUUAUGGACACUGACGAAAAGGAAUCUAAUUCAAUAGAAAUUGAAGAAGAAUCAGAGAUAAUUCCUGCUAUUUCUGAACCACCAACUGGAACUACUUUAUCAACCGCUAAUGUUCGAACUCAAAUUCCACCAUUACUUAGAGGUCAACUUCGUGAAUAUCAACAUGUUGGUCUUGAUUGGCUUGCUAGUUUAUAUAAUAACGGGAUUAAUGGAAUUCUUGCCGAUGAAAUGGGUCUUGGUAAAACUAUUCAAACAAUUGCUUUAUUAGCACAUAUAGCUUAUGAAAAAGGUGAUUGGGGACCUCAUUUAAUAGUUGUACCUACUAGUGUAAUAAUUAAUUGGGAAAUGGAAUUUAAAAAGUGGUGCCCAGGAUUUAUAAUUUUAACUUAUUAUGGAAAUCCGAAGGAACGAAAAGAUAAACGAAUAGGUUGGAUGAAAGAACAUACAUUUCAUGUUUGCAUAACUUCUUAUCAUCUUGUCGUAUUGGAUCAAGUUGUAUUCAAAAAAAAGAAAUGGCAUUAUUUAAUUCUUGAUGAGGCUCAUAAUAUUAAAAAUUUUCAAUCCCAAAGAUGGAAAACUUUAUUGAACUUUAAUUCCGAAAGAAGGUUAUUACUUACCGGUACACCAUUACAAAAUAAUCUUAUGGAAUUAUGGUCUUUAUUAUAUUUUCUAAUGCCAAAUGGUGUCUCGGGUGAUAUGCCUCUUGGAUUCGCUAAUCAAAAAGAAUUUCAAGAAUGGUUUUCACGUCCUGUUAAUAAAAUGAUAGAAAAUAAUGAACAAUUUGAUGAAGAGACAUUAUCUGCGGUUCAAAAACUACAUACAGUUUUGAGACCAUAUCUUUUACGUCGUUUAAAAAGUGAUGUGGAAAAACAACUUCCAGCCAAACAUCAUCACAUUAUUAAAUGUCGACUUUCCAAACGACAAAGAUUUUUAUAUGAUGAUUUCAUGUCCCGUGCUAAAACCAAAGAAACUCUUCAAUCCGGAAAUUUCUUAAGUAUCAUCAAUUGUCUCAUGCAAUUACGAAAAGUUUGUAAUCAUCCCGAUUUAUUCGAAUUACGACCUAUUCGAACUUCAUUCGCUAUGUCUAAAUCCGUUUUAGCUUCUUAUGAAUCAUCGAAACAUAAAGUUUGUCGAUUGAUUUCAAAAGGAAAUAAUCCACUUAAUCAAGUUAAUUUGGAAUUUUUAAAUUUGAUUCCCAAUCAAUUUGAAGAAUCCUCCCUUGAUUGUUGGUAUGGAAUGAUUGAAAAUAGUAAUAUAAAUAAUACGGUUAUAAAUUAUAAUAGUCUUUCAGAAUUUGGACUGGUAAUGAAAUUACGUUCCCGAUUAGCUACCAAACAACGAUGGGAAUAUAUGCGAUACGUAAAUUCAUUCCGUCUUAAAUGUCGUCCUAUAUAUGGAAGGAGAUUAAUUAAUUUAUGUCGUCGAGCAGGAGCCACCAUAUGUGAUUAUGCAUUAUUUGAUGCACGAAAUCCCAGGAAAUACCUUGAUCGUACGGAAGCAAUAUCCGAUAUGAUUGUAUCUUAUGACCGUAGAUAUUAUAUGAUGGAAGAAAUUAUAAAACAAUAUGCUUUCGUGACACCCGCAGUUGUUGCGAGAGAUAUGACCCAUCAUACAUUAGUUGAAAUACCUGAUGAAUUACGUUUAAUGGUUCAUGAACAAAUUCAAGAUAUUUAUCAUCCUAUUCGUGUCAAAUUACAAAUUGCUUUCCCGGAUAAAAGAUUAUUACAAUAUGAUUGUGGGAAACUUCAAGAAUUAGAUAUAUUACUUCGAAGAUUAAAAGAUAAUGGUCAUCGAGCAUUAAUUUUUACACAAAUGACUCGAGUCCUAGAUAUUUUAGAAAUAUUUUUAAAUAUUCAUGGACAUCGUUAUCUUCGAUUGGAUGGUGCCACCAAAGUUGAGCAACGUCAAAUGUUGACGGAACGAUUUAAUCAUGAUCCUAAAAUUUUGGUAUUCAUACUUUCAACGAGAUCGGGAGGUUUAGGUAUUAACUUGACGGGAGCCGAUUCGGUUAUAUUUUAUGAUUCUGAUUGGAAUCCAUGUAUGGAUCGUCAGUGUCAAGACAGAUUCGUCAGUGAAUAUACUAUAGAAGAAAAUAUGUUACAAAAAGCCAAUCAAAAACGGUUAUUAGAUAAAAUGGUAAUUACGGAUGGUGAAUUUACCACCGACUUUUUCCAAAGAAUGGAUUGGCGUGAAAUUGUUAGUGAUAUUGCUCCUAAUCGUGCUGAAGAAGUAAUUGAUGAACCUAAUUCCGGAAUAGAAUUAGAACAAUGUUUGGCUGAAGUUGAAGAUGAAAAUGAUGUUAAUGCUGCUAAAGUAGCAAAAAUUGAAAUGGAUCUUGAUUUAACUGAUUUUGCUGAUACAUCAGAGACACCAGCCGAAUCAUCAUCCGCUGCAAGACGAGCAAACGACGAUGACACAAGAUCCUGA